UUGUCCUGGCUGCAGCCUGUCUUCACACUAACAGCAGCUUCGUCUGGAAGGUCAGACACAUGAUGGCAGCACCGAAGAAAGUCUGUGUGGUUGGCUCUGGCAACUGGGGCUCUGCCAUUGCCAAAAUUGUGGGCGCCAACGCAGCCAAGUAUGACCAGUUUGACACCACAGUCAACAUGUGGGUGUUCGAAGAGAUGGUGAAUGGACGUAAACUCACAGACAUCAUCAACACAGACCAUGAAAAUGUUAAAUAUCUGCCUGGUCACAAGCUGCCCCCCAAUGUGUUGGCUGUUGCAGACUUGGCUGAGUCUGUGAAAGGAGCUGACAUCCUGAUCUUUGUGAUUCCUCACCAGUUUAUUGUUAAAGUGUGCGACACUAUUAAAGACCAUAUCAAGAAGGAUGCUAUAGGCAUGUCUCUUAUCAAGGGUGUCGAUGCGAGUCCAGAGGGUCUGAAGCUUAUCUCAGAGAUCAUCCGAGGGAAACUGGGCAUCACCACGACAGUCCUAAUGGGAGCAAACAUCGCCAACGAGGUCGCUGACGAGAAGUUUUGCGAAACAACCAUCGGGUGCAAAGACAAGACUCAUGGGGCCGUGCUGAAGGACUUAAUGCAGACCACCAACUUCCGUGUGACUGUGGUGGAGGAGUCUGAUGUUGUGGAGAUCUGCGGGGCACUCAAGAACAUUGUAGCAGUGGGAGCAGGUUUCUGCGAUGGCCUUGGAUUUGGCGACAACACUAAGGCAGCAGUGAUUCGUCUUGGCCUGAUGGAGAUGAUCGCCUUCGCCAAGAUCUUCUGCACAAACUGCCCCGUCUCCCCCGUCACCUUCUUGGAAAGCUGCGGCAUCGCUGACCUCAUCACAACCUGCUAUGGUGGACGCAACCGCAAAAUCGGGGAGGCUUUCGCCAAAACAGGCAAAACUAUUGAGCAGUUAGAGAAUGAGCUGCUGAACGGUCAGAAGCUUCAAGGUCCAGCGACUGCAACUGAGGUGCACCAGGUCUUAAAACAGAAAAACAUGGUAGAAAAGUUUCCUCUUUUCACUGCUGUUUACCAGAUCUGCUUCAACGGCCACCCUGUCGCAGAGUUCAUCAAAUGUUUGCAGAACCAUCCAGAGCACAUGUGAAGGACUGAUGAAUGGGUGGAAGUUGGGAAAGCACUUUGACACUAGAACUACUGUAUAACCCAGGUGAUUAUAGGGGGGAGGGGAGGUAAAGACUGUGCCUAAUCUUGACUACUUUAAUGUUUGAAACUCGAA